AUCAAAAACAACACUACUAGUCGCGCUACAAACACUUCUGCUUUACCUGAACUCUGAAUAUGUCGCUCACCCACUUCUUCUAUGAGCCUUUCUAUUCGCUCUCCGACUUUGACCGCCUCUUCGACGACGCGUUCAACGCUCGCACGGACAACGGAGCCCAGAGGCGUGCGCAAGGUGCCCAAUCUAGCCUGACCUCAGGCACGUUCCGCCCACGGGUUGACGUGCACGAGGACAAAGCUGCGAACACUAUUACCGCGACGUUCGAGCUGCCCGGCCUCAAGAAGGAGGACGUGCAGAUCGACGUGCACAACGAUCGGCUCACCGUUUCUGGAGAGAACAAGAUCAGCUCGGAGCGCACCGAGGAUGGCUAUGCCAUCCGUGAGCGGCGCUACGGCAAGUUCUCCAGGACGCUCCCGCUGCCUCAGGGGAUUAAGAACGAAGAGAUUAAGGCAUCGAUGAAUGACGGUGUUUUGAUGGUCACGUUCCCCAAGUCCGCGCCUGAGGCGUCCCCGAAGAAGAUCACCAUUGCUUAAAGGAUCUUAGAGGAUUUCAUCAGACCAAAGUUGCGCCCAUUCGAAUGUUGCUGUAAAAUCUAUGCUUUGCUGUUGUUGUCGUGUUGUAGGAUAUAUGACGUUGUAUGUCCAGCCGAGUUGAGACGAGAAAUGUAACAAUUGUCAAUUU